GUGAAUUUGCCACAGGCACUGAAUAAUCGUGUCCGAAAUAUUACUGCAAGUGGAUUGCUAUUAUUAUAUUUUUUCUGCCCUCCAUAAGAUAUCAGACGUUAAGACAGAACAUGGCAGACACAAAAGUAGAUGCCGGUUCGGAGAUCUCCACCAAGGAUCUGAAGGAGAAGAAACUUGUGGAAGAGACAGAGAAUGGAAAGGAUGCACCAGCUAAUGGGAAGGCAGAGAAUGAGGAGAACGGAGAGCCAGAAGUAGAUGAUGAUGAAGAUGAUGACGAAGUGGGAGAAGAGGAGGAUGAGGAAGAUGAUGGAGAAGGUGAUGAUGAUGAAGAUGAUGAUGAAGUUGAGGGGGGCACAAAAAGGGCCGCUGAGGAUGACGAUGAAGACGACGAGGAUGAUGUUGAAACUAAGAAGCAGAAAACCGACGAUGAUGAUUAAGAGGCCGUCCCUCGUCCUGCUGAAACCCCCUCUAACCCUCCCCCUGCUCAGCUCGUCCUUGAGGAGAGGAGGGACGCGUGGUCAUCAUUCAGUAGAGUUCAACGUCCGUGUACACACACCCAACUGCAAAUUUUUUAAAGAACGCAAACAAGACUUCAAGGCUCUACCUUCUCAAUGAAAUACUUUAAAAGGAGAAUUUGUUUGUAUUUUUAUUUACAUUUUAUAUUUUUGUACAUAUUGUUAGGAGGUCAGCCAUUUUUGACAGUGAUCUCUGGUGACCAAACGGUGCUUUGAAGUUGAUGCUUCUCUAUAAAAUAGAUUUUACUUGUUUGACCAUGUCACAUUAUCUCAACAGAAAACAUGUAUAAAAUCAAAAUCCGUUGAAUUCAGAGCAUUCCAGUAAAUUUGUGUAUGUACUUUAGUUGUACCAUAAGUAGUUGGUUUGUAUGGGAUGGCAAGGCCAAAGAAAAGGAGGUUUUUUUCUUUUUCUUCUCUUUUUUUGUCUACAAAAUUGUUUAUUGUGGCCUGUUUGUAUGUGUGAAGUUUGUUGUCCAAACAAUAAACCGGAAUUUUAUUU